UGUUUACUGAAUAAUAGUUACAUGAGAACAGAAUCAAUGCAUUGAGAACAUUUCUUGAGGAGUAGAACCUUGACUGCCAUGCUUUUUUUAAUUAUUUCUAGAGAACUGCCUUUGUAAAUGGCAUUGAGGAACCAUAGCACCAUCACAGAGUUCUUCCUUCUCGGGCUGUCAGACGACCCCCAUAUUGAGGCUUUCCUCUUUGUGCUUUUCCUGGUGACUUACCUUCUGACCAUAAUGGGAAACCUCAUGAUGCUGCUGGUGAUUAGGGCUGAUUUGCACCUCCACACCCCUAUGUACUUCUUCCUGAGUCACCUUUCUUUCGUUGAUAUCUGCUUCUCUUCAGUCACUGUACCCAAAAUGCUGGAGAACCUCCUGUCUCAGAGGAAAACCAUAUCAGUUGAGGGCUGCCUGACCCAGGUCUUCUUUGUGUUUAUCACUGGAGGAACAGAACUCCUUCUGCUCUGUGCCAUGGCCUAUGACCGCUAUGCUGCCAUCUGCCACCCUCUGCUGUAUGGACAGAUCAUGAGUAAACGGCUGUAUCUGCAGCUUGUGUGGGGCUCCUGGGGACUGAGCUUUCUAGAUGCACUCAUCAAUAUCCUGCUAGCUCUGAACAUGGUAUUCUGUGAGGCUCAAAUCAUCUACCAUUUUGUCUGUGAGAUGUCUUCUAUCCUCCCUCUGUCCUGCUCUGAUGUCUCCAGGAACAUCAUUGUCUUGCUUUGCUCCACUCUCCUGCAUGGACUGGUAACCUUCCUCUUGGUUUUCAUUUCAUACGCACACAUUAUCUCCACCAUCCUGAGGAUCAGCUCUACAUCAGGCAGAAGCAAGGCCUUCUCCACCUGUUCCUCCCACCUCACUGCAGUGACACUUUACUAUGGUUCAGGUGUGCUCCGUCAUCUUAUGCCAAACUCAGGUUCCCUCAUAGAGCUGAUCUUCUCUGUUCAGUACAGUGUGAUCACUCCCAUGCUGAAUCCCCUCAUCUACAGCCUGAAGAACAAGGAGGUCAAGGCAGCUGUGAGAAAAACUUUGAAGAAGUAUUUGCAAAAUAUCAGGUGCUUAAAUAAAGACAAGAGGUUGGUGGAGCAUUGGGAUAAAGCUGCACACAACAAGACACUGGGUGAGUUUAGAGUAAGGAGUACUCCUGACUACCCACAAUGUCUGACACUGAAAGCUAAAUGA